AUGGCAAGCACCACCGACGCGGGGCAGAACUCUGAUGUGCGCAUCGAAGUCAUCUCGCAGCCCGAAGACCUCACUCAAGUCACCAAGGUCGUCCGCGACGCGUUCGGCCACCAAGCCCGCGAUGGUGUCUAUCUGUCCAUGAACCCCGGCUGGGAUACACCCGAAGGUGUGGCUCGUGGGGCCGGCCGCAUGGCUCAGCGCUUCAACACUGUCAACAAGAACAACAAGGGCGAGCCCAACGUUGUAUUCCUCAAGGCCACCGUUCCGGAUCCCGAGAAUGCCGACCAGCGCAGAAUCGUCGGCAUGGCCACUUGGGCACAGCAGUCCGUCGUUGAAGGUCACGGCGACCAACCCCCGAAAGACUCGAUAAAGGAGCUCGGCCUUGAGUCCAUCUUCCCGGGAAACGAAGCCGAGCAGCGAUACGCCGCUGCUUGUAUGGGAUCACUCCACAAGCGACGCAAGGAGGUUAUCGCAGAGAAGGCGACGGCGGCCGAGCCGGCAGUUUUCGUGCUGGACAUGUGCGGCGUGGAUCCCAAGUUCCAGGGUAAGGGCAUCGCCAAGAAACUGGUUCAGUGGGGUCUCGAUGAGGCACAGCGACGUGGCGGACUUGAGCUGCUUCUCGAGGCGUCAAGUAUGGGUAGACACGUGUACGCCAAGCUGGGGUUCAAGCAAGAAGGCCCGGAGAUCGAGUAUGACGUUGAAGAGCAGUUCGCGCACCGGGACAGGCCUUCAAAUAUCUUUAUGAGAACGGGGGACGGCCAGUAA